AUGGACGACAUUGGGUCUACGGCAGCCACAGUUGAUGACAACGAGGGAGAGCACCAAACAGAUGUAGAGACUGUGACUCAAAACAACCUUGAAUUGUCCAUUUGUUCCCCCCACUAUAAUCCACCAACAAUUGAACCGGUUUUGUCAAUCCACACGCUACUUACUGGAAUGCUACCAGAUUCUGAUAACGAAAUUCACAAUGAUCCAAACUUUGUAGACUUUAUCAAGUUCCAUAACAAAGUAAAUUCCCUGUUCCCGACCAAGACUGACCCAUUGGCUCAUCCGGAGAAACCGAUACCUCUUUCAGACAUCCCCAAGUACAACUGGGACAUUCUAUCGUACACCUUUGAAUACGUUUACAGGUUAUACAGAGAGGAAAUCUCCAGUAUUUUAACAGAGUUUGAUAAUUUGGAUAUUAAGAGAUCCAUUUGGCAAGAAUCUGCCUUCAGAAUAGACGCUGAGAGAGCGUCAAAGAAAUUCAAGAAACUCGAAACAUGGAUCUCAAACCAAGACUCGUACUUGCAUGCAUCUAGUAAAGACCUCUCUACAGGUGUGCAGAACAUACGAGACACUCUUGCCAAACUAGACCAACUCUCUUCACACAUUGCAAAUUCAUCCACUCUAUGA